CAUUUGGGGGAUAUCUGUACUGUCCUGACAUUUGGGGGAUAUCUGUACUGUUCUGACAUUUUGGGGGAUAUCUGUACCGUUCUGACAUUUGGGGGAUAUCUGUACCAUCCUGACAUUUGGGGGAUAUCUGUACCAUUCUGACAUUUGGGGGAUAUCUGUACUGUCCUGACAUUUGGGGGAUAUCUGUACUGUUCUGACAUUUGGGGGAUAUCUGUACUGUCCUGACAUUUGGGGGAUAUCUGUACUGUCCUGACAUUUGGGGGA